AAAGGAAUUUCCUCAGUGAUGAAAUUCUAAAAAUCUCCUAUUCACCCCCCUCUAGUCGAUAUAACACACUUUUAGUUUCUGAAGAAACCGUGGCUCAGUGGCUCAAAGGCAUCACUCGUGCUGCGACAAUCCAUUAGGAGCCAAGAGGGUCUUGCCUUUCUCUGCUGAAAACAAGCGACGAAACCUGGAGUGUACAAACAUGCAUUCACCCGUGCCAAACAUGGAUCAGCUUGACGUCGGUAGGGAAAGCGAAGGUGGCAGCGUCGACAACGACUAUGGUGAGGACAUCGAGGGGAGCAAAGAUGACUCGGAGGAGAGUGAGGAAGAGAACCAGUCUCCUCUGCGCCCCGAGUCUCGAUCCAAGCAUCGCCAUGAUCUGGCGACUACCCCAAGCAAGACCUUAGUGUCAAGCACUAGGAAUGUGAAGCAUGAUCGAGCUGCCACAACUGAGUCGGCAGAAAAGACCGCCAAACAACUCAAAACUAACGCUCCCAAGCCUCGGAAGGCCCUUCCCCGAAUGAGGAUUGUUGUGCCAGUCGCUUCAACAGCUGCUACCUCGGUGAUGUCGCCUCUUGAAGAUGAAGAACCCAUGGACGUGGACACUGCGAACAUGGCCACCUCCCAACGAGUUAUAGAAGUCAUCCACUUGAAGGACGAUGAAGAACUGCGGCGGUCGACUGCUGAAUUUGCUAAAACCAUGCCUGAAAUGUUAGUGUUGAGUGCUCCUCCAGCCGAUUCGAUUGUUGUGACUACAACUCCUCCAGCCAGUUCGAUUGUUGUGACUAAAAUGCCGACUGCACCUCUUCCGGUAACUCAUGUUACUUCUGCUGCAAUGCCGACUCCUUCAAUGCUUGCAUAUCCUAUGCACCGUGUCCCGAAAGACCAUACUGGAGCUGCCAAAGAGGCCAUGAUCCACGCCGAACACAUGAUGCUGCUGAUACGUCUCCAACGUAUCUACUUUUCCUAACGCUUUUCCUCUUGUUUUUCUUGUAGCACAAAAUUGUUGUAGCACUAAAACAAAAAUCCAAAAAGAUUUCCUUGUUCUUCUUUUACUGUUGGGAGCUUUCCCGUGAAAAUAAUUUUUCUCAUUUUUGCUUUUCUCUUUUCAUUUACUCGUUUGCGAAAAACCAAAAACUCCAAAAAAAAUUUAGUGUGUUUCUAUGAAUUUCUUUUCUUUUUGUUGAGUCAUACCAAGGA